AUGAGUCUGUUGGUCCAUGGCAGCCCACGUCUUUUGGCGCUGCUGGUGCUAUUGUUGAUGUCUGCGAUGUUAUUUGUCGGCGGGUGUCUCGUUGUCAGCCUGACACAUCUUUGGUUCCUUGACUAUUUGUUGCGUACGGACGGCGCGUGGGUGUCUCUGGUGAUAGUGAGGGACGCGUGUCUCAGAGCGCAGGAUGCGUCGCGGGUGUGCGGCGUCGUUUGGAAGGACCGAUGGGUGACCAUCCGCAUCCAGGCGUCAUCAGCGGACUGUGAGGACAGCAUAAGGCACUGCGGCUUCAAUUGGUGUUGCGCAGCGACUUUAUUUGACGAUGCCUUUGAUUUGCGUCUCUUGGGGCUUUAG